AUGAGAAUUUCUGCUGUCGCCCUAUCUUUGGCACUCUUUACCGGAAGCGCCACUGCCUUCACCACUCCAUCCACCUCUCUUUCCGUUGGUGCAAAGACUGCUUCUACUGAGGCUAAACUAUGUGCAUGCAGUUCUUGCCGUGGAGUUCGCACCCACACUUCUCUCUUUGCUGAUGUUGCCGCUGAGGAAGUUCCUGCUGAGGUCGAAGCAAUGGAUGGAAUUGAGAGCAAGGAUGAAGCUCACAACGCCGAUCGUCCCGCCAGAAAGCAAUUGAAGAAGAAGAAGGGAAAGGAUCUUAGUGAAUUUUCAGAAGGAUCCAUGGUUACCGGAAAGGUUCGAUCCAUUACUUCUUACGGUGCCUUUGUCGAUAUUGGUGCAAACACUGAUGGUUUGCUUCACAUUUCCCAACUUGCCUCUGGAUUCGUCUCCAGUGUUGGAGAUAUUGUGAGUGAGGGACAAGAGGUCGAGGUCAGAAUCGUUUCCAUCGAUUCUGCAAAGGGACAAGUCGGUCUCAGUAUGAUGACAGAAGAGGAAGCUAAAACCGAUGCACAGCCAAAGCGACAACAAAGACAAAGCAACCGCCGCGAUGACAGUGCCGUUCUUGGCCCACUUGCUGAUAAGGGAUGGGACGCAGACACAUUCGUUGAGGGUACCGUUGUCAGUACUGUUGACUUCGGAGCCUUCGUCAGAGUUGAUGCCAAGACACUGAACGAAGAAUGCGAGGGUGAAUUCGACGGUCUUGUUCACAUCUCUGCUCUUUCUCUUGGGCGUGUCAGCUCAGUGUCUGAUAUUGUCAGUCCUGAACAGAAGGUCCAAAUCCGUGUCAAGAGCAUCCAAGGAAACAAGGUUUCUCUUACAAUGCUUUCUGUUGAAGACGAGGAUUCCAAGCAAGACUCGUUCUCCUCAGGACCACCAGUACAGAUGGGAGCAAAAGACUGGAAGGAAAGUUGUGCAAAGUUGGACGAAAUCCAACCCGUUUUCAAGAAUGGACCAGUCGUUGCUGACAAGCGAAAAUAG